CUUCUCUCCAUUCCGCUCCACUCCACUCGGAUACGAUCUCUCCCUCUCUCUUGACUUCUCUCUGCUUCCUCGCUCACUUGAUCACGUGGCCGUGCCUGCCCCAGUGUCCAAGGCUGAGGGCUCCAUGUCCAAGCCAAGCAACACUACACCACACCACCGAGAGAGUCUGAGAUAGAGUUCUACCAGAAAUGGCGACCGGCGGAUCAGUAGCGGAAGCGGGAGCCAAGAAGGCGGAGACGGUUCUAGUAACCGGCGCGAGCGGCUUCAUCGGCUCGUGGGUGGUGCGCCUCCUCCUCGCCCGCGGCUACUCCGUCCACGCCGCCGUCCUCAACCCCGAUGACAAGGCGGAGACGGACCACCUCCUCGCGCUCGCCGGCGGCGGCGAAGAGGGGCGGCUACGCUUCUUCCGCUGCGACCUCCUCGACGGCGCCGCCAUGCUCGCCGCGGCCCGCGGAUGCUCCGGGGUGCUCCACCUCGCGUCCCCCUGCACCGUCGACGCCGUCCUUGAUCCGCAGAAGGAGCUGAUGGUGCCGGCGGUGGAGGGGACGCUGAACGUGCUGCGCGCGGCCAAGGCGGCCGGGGGAGUGCGCCGGGUGGUGGUCACCUCGUCCAUCUCCGCCAUCGUUCCCAGCCCCGGGUGGCCGGCCGGCGAGGUCCGGGACGAGCGCUGCUGGACCGACGUCGACUACUGCCAGAAGAACGGGGUCUGGUACCCUGCUUCAAAAACAUUGGCAGAAAAGGCAGCAUGGAAGUUUGCGGAGGAGAAUGAACUUGAUGUGGUAGUUGUCAACCCAGGGACGGUUUUGGGCCUGAUGAUUCCGCCAACCGUUAAUGCUAGCAUGGCCAUGUUCCUUCACUUGCUUGAAGGUUGCACCGAGGAGUAUGCAGAUUUCUUCAUGGGCGCAGUCCAUGUGGAAGAUGUUGCCCUAGCCCACAUUCUGCUGUAUGAGAACCCAUCGGCAUCUGGGAGGCACCUCUGCGUGGAGUCCAUCGCUCACUGGAGCGACUUCGCAUCCAAAGUCGCCGAGCUCUACCCCAACUACAAAGUCCCCAAAUUCCCCGAGGACACGCAGCCUGGGCUGGUGAGAGUGGAGGCAGCAUCGAAGAAGCUGAUCGGGUUGGGUAUGCACUUCAGGCCGGUGGAGAAGAUCAUCGGGGACGCGGUGGAGAGCCUCAGGAGCAGAGGCUGCAUCUCCUAGUUACCGGAUACCGUUGUGGCCUCCUGAUCAUCCUCAUUCAGGGAUGUGUUGUGCUCCCAGCGCUGUGCCUUCCUAGACCUUUACUUGUUCCUAGCGUGAAUGUGCAAUAAACGGCUGGUUGAUAUGCUCCGGCACACCUGGGGAUGUGGAUGGUCUGUCACAGAGUCCCUUGGUAGAUUCUUCCUACAAAUUACGUGUGUGUGUGGGUCGUGUCAUCGUCCCCUGGUGUAUGAUGAACCUUGUCUGCUCUGAUCCAUACAGAACUUUAAGAUGGCUGGACAAUGCCAAUGGUUGAUAAUCCCGGGUUAUUACU